AUGACCACGGGAGCACAAGAGGAAGUUAAGCGUAGGCCGUUGGUCGGGUUCCUGGGCCCCAAAGCUUCAUAUUCUCACCAGGCAACGCUUCAAUCAUUUCCCGAAUAUGAAUGGGACUUGACUCCAUUAGUGACAAUUCCCGACAUCUUCGCCGCAGUUCAAGCAGGUGAUGUGGCCUACGGAGUUGUUCCGUUCGAGAACUCCACCAAUGGCUCCGUAGUCUUCAGCCUCGACUGCUUUGCAGACCGUAACAGGCUGUAUCCCGACAUAGCAGUCUGUGCGGAGAUUUACCUGGACGUCCAUCACUACCUGGUCGGCCGGCUCCCCCCUUCGUCCGUGUCGUGCCCUGCCUCUACCGCCAUCCCCACCACCGGUGGUGUCCCGUUCAGUCCCGCCGAGGACAAUGCUGGGUCGGGAACCCGCACGCCCACAGAAUCAGAACCCCACCCUCCGACGCCCCGGGCCCACCCCCGCGCCGACCUCUCCCACAUCCGCCGUCUCUACUCCCACCCGCAGGCCUGGGGCCAGUGCACAGCUUUCCUGUCGACCUACCUCAAGGGCGUCGAGGCCGUAGACGUUAGCUCCACGAGCCGCGCCGCCGAGCUCGUGGCUGCAGAUCCGACAGGCACCAGCGCCGCCGUCUCCAGUGCCGUCGCUGCCCAGCUGCACGGCAUCGACGUCUUGGCCGAGUGCAUCGAGGACCGCCCCGAUAACACGACCCGAUUCUUUGUCGUGCGCAAGGAGUCCAUCUCCCCUUCCGCUGAACGGGCUGGUGUGGAUGGUCGCAAUGGCGCCGCACCGCAACGAGAUGUUUCAGCAGAGUUAGGACACCCCCUUUCUACGACGGGCGGCGGCAAGGGUGCGAAAACGAAGUCGCUGGUCUCCUUCACUGUACCCCACGAGGCACCGGGCGCGCUAGCCGACGUGCUGGGGUGCUUCCGCCGGUUCGAGCUCAACCUGACCAGCAUCAAUAGCCGGCCCAGCCUCGUCAAGCCAUUCCAGUACGUCUUCUUUGUCGAGUUCCAGGGCCACAAAUUCCGGGAUCCAGAAGAGCGGGUCAAGGGUGUUCUGGAGGCGGUAGGGGAGGUCGCUGAGACGUGGAGGUGGUUAGGGAGCUGGGACGACCAACGGGCCGUGAGCCUUAGCUAG